AAAAUUUUUUAAUGGUAUUACAAUGAUGUGCAAAGGCCCUACUAUUGAUCUAAAUAAAAAACUAAUGAAUUUUCAAUUAUGUGGUGCCAACUACCAGUCACCGGGUUUGUCACACACUCUCGGAUGCCGUUAUCGACACUCUCGGCCUCGUGCCCUGCCUUAUUCACGGGUACGGCCUCUGUUUUAGUUCCGCAGUCGCCGCAAGGACAUAUUCAUGUUGAACCUUUGCCAUAAGCGCUGCUGAUCUCCCCUAUUAUCUCUGCUAUAAUCUUUGGACUGACAACGAAUUUCAGUCAUGGCGGACGCAGCCACAAGACGUAAGUUGAGGAGAAACAGAAUUCUGGAAAAUUCCGCUGCACGGUUGCAAAGAAUUACUGGACAAACAAGUACCAAGCCGCCUCUAGAGCAUAAUAGUGCCAUUCUCUAUAAUGAUAAUCACCCGUAUAUUCUUCUGUGGCAGUCCCCAGCAUUCUCAAAGUGGAAGUAUGCUUUUUGCAGCCUUAAUCCUGUGCAACAUAAAGCCAGAAAUAAUCCAUCGCCUACGAACGCCAUCCAGUCUAUUAUGUACUGUCUGCAGAGAACUCUCCUUUUACUUAUUCAGCUUCGUACUAAUUUAUUACUUAUUCACGUCCUACCAGCAAGAUUUCGAGUAUCUUGCAUCUAACAAUAUUGAAAUCGUCCUUAAUCACCAGACAGAUAUAUAAAAUACUUUAAUUCAAUCCCGAAAAAAUAAAUGUAUUUGAUUACAAUAAAUUGAUUGAUUUAUUAUUGCGUUCGCUGAAAUGAAUCACCGUGGCAUUGAUUAUCAGCCUCAAAGACUGGUAUGUAAAAGAAAUAGGCUAGGAAAAAUUCACCUACACAUUCAAAACGUGUUAAAACCCACCCAAAAUAAUAGACCAUAGGAAAAUUAUCAUGAAUCUUUUCUGUGAUCUAUUUCUUCAGGGAUUCCACAGAACUUCCAAUUAUGAAUAAAUUAAUCAUAUAAAGAAUGUCAAUUUGUUAUUACAGAAACGAAUAAAGAUGUGGUGAAAUCAAAUGAGUCGACAGGAAUUGGAUUCUACUCACGAGUUAUUAUCUUGAGAACAAAAAAAAAUUUGAUUCUAUAAUAAAAUUUUAUAUUUAUAUUAUCUUUCAAUCUAAUCGUAUAUUGUGCACCAAGGGAGAAAAACGGAAUUCUAACCCGUCUGUGGUAAACGCGUUUAAAUGUCCUGUUUUCCUUCCUUGGUGUACAUGGUUUUUUCCGUCAUUACUACUCUGAAAAGUUUUAUUUUUGUUUAUGAAUGACGGGAGGAACGUGGGUUAUGUUAUUCCGAAGAUCUUCAAAAAUAACAGAAAUGUGUGGGAUAGAAUAGGCAGGCCACUUUCUUUCCAUCAUUUGGAGAGUAACGUGGAACUUUCGGUUUCGGUAAGUAUGACGGAAAAAAUUUUUCCACAUUUUCUCAUUAACAUCUACAUCAUUUUACUAUGGCUCAUUAUGCUUUAUCAUUAUCCUGUGGAACACGAGUACUUUAUAAUUAUUCGAUCAUUGGAUAAAUUUGCACAUGUUUUGUGAGAUAUAAAAGUAUUCGAAUUCACUGUUGUUUAUAUCUGUAUGUGAUUGCAGGCUAGGAAAACCAGUUUAAUAAUUUUUUCUUUCUAAUAGUUCAAAAGAUUGUGAAAAAAAAGUAUUCCUGAACUUUGAGA